AUGGUGAAGGCCCCGGUCUCGGAUAGGGACCCUCUUCACGAUCGUGGCACCUUCGCGGGCCUGUGCAAUCUGACUGGAGCCGUGAGACCUGUUCCUGAUGUGGCCCUCGGUGCUGCGUUUGCUAAAGGGCCUACCUGGAGGCUGAUCUUCUACGCCAACCUCCCAUUCUGCGUGCUCGCGGGAUUCAUGCUAAAAUUCUGUCUUCGUCUCUCACGACCCUCAAAGUCAGUCGAUCUCAGCUAUUGA